CGCGAAAUGGAGUCACUGUGCUUUCACGAUGGCAACAUUACCGACAUGAUCAAUAUCCGUACUCUCGACAUCCGCCAUAGGAAGUUUCCAGGAGAACAAUGAUUUCUAUGGAUAAACAAGUUUCUCAAUGUAUAGAAGUUUCUAUGCCUCAAAUCCAAAGUCGGUCGCAUCACUGCAGUUGCUGCCAUUUUCUGCUGUGUGAAGAGUAUCUGUGCUGUUCUUUCCAGUAUCUAUACAGAAUUGUUAUUAUACAGAAGGAAUAUCUUGUGCACAAGGAAUAAAUUCUAACAGUUUCUAAACUGUUUCUUGGUUUUUCUUUUCCUCUGUACUCUGACUAGUUAAGCAGUGUUCCUCAAUAUAUAUUGCUUCUGUUUUUCAUUUCUUUUGUUACUUUUAAUCUCUUUACCUCCAUCUUCCAUACAGGACACUGAUCAUAGAUUUCAAAUGCACUCCUCUUUGGUACGGAGGCUGUCCUUAGAAAGGGAAUUAGAGGCAUUUUGUUUUACACUGCUUUCAGGGGCAUCAGGGUUGCGUCAACACUAUUGCUUGGAAUUCAAGAGGGUCACUUUUGAUAUCUGGAUCUGAUGAUACGAGAAUGAAUAUAUGGAACUAUUCAAACCACAAGCUACUGCACAGUAUUGAGACUGGCCAUUCAGCAAAUAUAUUCUGCACAAAAUUUGUCCCUGAAACAUCGGAUGAGCUAGUUGUUUCUGGAGCUGGGGAUGCUGAAGUUCGGCUUUUUCACUUGUCUCAUUUAAGGGGAAGAGGUGUUGAUGAGAAUUUUAUCAGUCCAUCAGCAGUGUUUCAGUGCCACACUCGGAGGGUCAAAAAAUUAGCUGUUGAGAUUGGAAACCCAAAUGUUGUAUGGAGUGCAAGUGAAGAUGGAACUUUGAGGCAACAUGAUUUUCGAGAGGGUGCUUCCUGCCCUACUCCUGGUUCUUCUCAUCAAGAAUGUCGUAAUAUUCUUCUUGACUUGCGCUGUGGAGGUAAGAAGUCAUUGGCUGAUCCGCCUAAGCAAUUUUUUGCUUUAAAGUCUUGUGAUAUCAGCUUGACUAGGCCCCAUUUGCUUCUUGUUGGUGGGAGUGAUGUUUUUGCUCGUUUGUAUGAUAGAAGAAUGCUGCCACCAUUGUCCUCUAGUCAGAAAAAGUUGGCACCUCCUUCAUGUGUUAAUUAUUUCUGUCCAAUGCAUCUCUCUGACCGUGGUCGUUCUAGCUUGCAUCUAACUCAUGUUACGUUUAGUCCCAAUGGUGAAGAGGUUCUGCUUAGCUACAGUGGGGAGCAUGUGUAUUUGAUGGAUUUAAAUCCUACGCGAAGUUCUAUGCGGUAUUCCUCUAGUGAUGUUGCUAAACUUAUGAACUUUAAUGCUGUUAUCAAGGAGGUGGAGUUGCAGUCAUCAGUAACUGGUAUCUUUUUAAAUGGAUCUUCAUUAAGAAGUCAAGCCACUGCCAAGCUUGAUAAGUGCAGAAAGUUGAUUCAGACUGCAGAAAAAUCACUGAAAGAAGACAAAAAGUAUUAUUAUGGUAUUGAAGCCUGUAAUGAAGUCUUGCAUGGUUAUGGGGAUGAAAUAGGACCUAUGCUAACUUAUGAGUGUCUAUGCAUUCGAGCCGCCUUAUUGCUCAAGAGAAAGUGGAAAAAUGAUGCACAUAUGGCUAUAAGAGAUUGUCAUAAAGCUAGAAAGAUUAAUUCAACUUCAUUUGGGGCACUACUUUUGAUAGCUGAAGCUUUGUUACAGUUAGGAAAACAUAAAGAAGCUCUUGAGUUUGCUAUUUGUGCUCAAUCAUUGGCUCCUUCUGGUACUGAAGCUGCAGAAAAGGUCGAGAAUUUAAAAAAGCAUAUCACUGCAGCUGAAGCGGAGAAAACUAACAAGGAACAUGGAGAAUUUAAAUCUGAACCUGAGGUUGGACGGGUGUUGUCAUUGAGUGACAUACUCUAUCGUUCAGAUGCAAAUAGUGAUGUUUCACAAGAUGGUCCAAGGUCCGAGAGAGAAGAUUCUGAUGAAGAGGAUCUGGAGUUGGCUUUUGAAACCUCAGUAAGUGGGGAUGAAUCACAUGAUACUGAGCCUAAUUUAAUUCAAGGAGGUUUGAAUUUGAGGUUUCAUAGGAGAGGUGAUUCAAGUAUAGAGAACAGAAGGAAUGGUUCUUGUGGGUCACCAACAUCAUUGUGCCAAGAUCCGAAAGUGUCCUACCAGCCUGAGGCAGUGAUAGAUAUGAAACAGAGAUACAUUGGUCACUGUAAUGUAGGCACUGAUAUAAAACAAGCUAGUUUUCUUGGCCAAAGAGGUGAUUAUAUUGCUAGUGGGAGUGAUGAUGGUAAAUGGUUCAUCUGGGAAAAAAAAACUGGCAGGCUUAUAAAAAUGCUUCAUGGAGAUGAAGCUGUUGUGAAUUGUAUACAGUGUCAUCCAUAUGAUUGUGUUGUGGCUACUAGUGGGAUUGACAACACCAUAAAGAUUUGGACUCCAAUUGAUUUGGUAUCUUCCAGUGUGUCUGGUCAAGUAGGACCAGAGACUUCAAAUAUUCUAGACACUAUGGAAAACAAUCAGCGCAAAUUAUGCCGUACUCGCGAAACAAUUCUGCCUUUUGAAUUUCUGGAUAGGUUCAGGAUGCGAGAGUUUGCAGAAGGUGGCAUGCAGCCAUUUGAAUGCACACAGGGUUAAUCUUUAUCCACAGGUGAAUGGGAACAUUCCUACUUCUCCAUCGUAAAUACUACUCGAUAUGUAUGAAUUUUAUGGUGCUUUACUUUCUUGAAUGUCUUGCAGAAUUCUAACUUGUUAUAUUGUCUACCAAGUAAUCACAUGUUUGCAUGUUGACAAUUUUAACAGAUUGUUGUGGAAACCGGUAAGUAGGGCGUGCUUAUGCAUGAGAGUGAAAGUUUGGCAGGUUGAGUUCGCAAGUUAAUUGUGCUUUUACUUCGUUGUAAUUAAUUGAGUCUGAUUGGGAAGAAUGAUUGUUUUGGUCAUUGUACGUACGUAUGUAAAUAUAUUUUUCGUCAUAUUUCUGAAUUAGAGGGCGGUUCUCAUUUAGAACCCAAGAGGCCCGCCUUGUCUCUUCCAACAUUUAUUCGGUCCAAUAAUAAAUGUAGAACUCUAA